AUGUGCUGGUUUUUCAAUUGUAAAGGAGAAAUUGUUAUCGAUUCGUUGGUGCGCGUACCUUCUGACCAAUCGCUCGUAUUGUAUGAUGCGAACAAGAACGACCAGUAUGACGAAGAAAACGAAAUUACGGCUAAACGUCCACGUCUUUCAAAACAACUACCUCUCCAACAGGCGAGCAUUUCACGACAAUUGCAAGAAUUGAAAAUCAAGGUGUACUCUGAUUUGGAAUAUCGUUCAUCUAACGAUGAUUGGUCUAUCGUGAUCGAUCGCGACAUGUUUACGGUCAAAGGAAAAAGCCUGAUUGAGCAAUUGACGAUGAAAUUCAACGCAGCUCUGGCAUCUGAUCGAUUUUACUGCAUUUCUUUGCGACGGUUUUCUAACGUUGUCGUCCAAAAGGGUCACUGUGCUUUACAAAGACCAAAGCGAGCAUUCGUGAUUAAAACCGAUAAACAGGAAUCGGUAGAUGAAUGUUUAUCACCCAACGAAGAUCAACAGAAUAUCGUCAGGGAAAUUGAAAACGUUCUCGAUUGCUUGUCAACGACCGGAUCGAAUGCCGGUUCGAAUGCCAAUUCAUAUACCAGGUCGAAAGUUAUAUUGGUAAACAGCGUAGCGGGAUCGGGAAAGACUACCACGUUGCAUUUUCUUCGACAUAGGAAAAUUCUCUAUUUGGCGACAUCGAAAAAAUUAGUUGCUGAGGGAAGCGAGUACGGUGUUGAGGCGCAAACGAUUUGCAAAUUUUUCAUGAAAGUUUUCGGUUGGCGUUUCGAUGAGAACGUCGAGGCAGUGGAAGAACUGACCAGUGGUGACAGUUGGGAAAAAUCGUUUGAAGAUAACCAUCACAACGGUAUUAAAGAAAGAUACGACAUUAUCUUUAUAGAUGAAGUAUCUUUAAUUCAAUCGACUUUACUACGUGAGCUUACACGAAUCGCGGGACGGCAUACUUUAGUUGUCACGCUAGUCGGCGACGUCAAUCAAUUAUCGGCCAUCGGAGCCGACGAACACGAUCUGUAUAAAUGUCUAAGUUACGUUGACAGAGUAUUUUUCAUCAAGCAACAUAUGCGCUCAAAAUGCGAUCCACGAUUGACGGGAUUGUUGAGGCAGUUCGAAGCUGGCGAUGCUGUAAAUUACGACACGUUGAAGACGCUGCAAAAGUCGAAAAUCGGCUUGAGGCAGCUUUUCAACUAUGACGGAUCUUUUCGAGAGUUUCGAUUCAUUUCCAAAAAUAACAGCAACGUCGUUUUACUGAACAUGGCAUGCAUCAGAGAGCAAAUAAGUCGCCCGACGCCCGUAUCGUUCAGGCACGAUUGUAGGGGGAACUAUUACUAUGAGAUGUUCGACUUUAACUAUUGUAGCAGCGAUUUGAAAGAGUACGAGUUUUCACCUGUAUGCGUCAGAUGCCAACGCAACUAUUUGAGAUGCCGUUUCCUACCGUGUGGACACGGACCUUGUUGUAUCUAUUGUAGUCCUAAUGUACGAUAUUGUCGUGUAUGUAAAUGCCCAAUUAGCUUUAAAAUAAAUGUCACCGAAUCGUUGGGGAACGCAUUAAGGAAGUAA